GCAGAAGCCAGAGCCUCAGGGAGAAGUUGCAGCUCUCCUCCUGUCCUGUGCACAAGAAGACUGGGCCCCUGCAUCUGACCCUGGAAGGAAGAACCUCUGGAGAUGUCUUCCAAUAAUGAUCCUGUUGCAGCCCCGAUGAUUGAAAGAAAUCCCAAUGACCUUCCUGGAAUGGACACCAGUGACCCAGACACAUUGACUGGAGAGGCUGUGUUGAGUUUUCAUAACAUCAGCUAUGGAGAGACAGUGCAGAGUGGCUUUCUGUUUCAUAAAAAAACACGUGUAAUAGAAAGACUAUCUAAUAUCAGUGGGAUCAUGAGACCUGGUCUCAAUGCCAUCAUGGGAACUGAUCAGAGCAGAUCUUGGUUAUUGGAUGUCUUAGCUGCAAGGAAAGAUCCACGUGGAUUAUCAGGAGAUAUUUUGAUAAAUGGGAAACCUCGACCUGCUAAUUUCAAAUGUACUUCUGGUUAUGUACCAAAAAAUGAUGUGGUGAUGCGCACAGUGACUAUGAGAGAAAAUAUAGAGUUCUCAGCAGCUCUUCGACUUCCAAUGACUGUAACGAGAGAUGAAAGAAGAAGGCGAAUUGAUGAGGUCCUUGAACUUCUGCAUCUGGAUAAAGUGGCAAAUGUCAAGCCUAGAUCUACGGAGCUCAGGAAAAGGACCAGUAUAGCAAUGGAGCUGGUUGCCGAGCAUCCCAUUCUGUUCUUGGAUGAUCCCACCACUGGCUUAGACUUCAGGACUACAACAGAUGUCAUCUCGGUCCUGAGAAGGAUGUCUAUGAGGGGACGGACAAUCAUCUUCUCCAUUAAUCAGGCUCAGUACUCCAUCUUCAGAACUUUUGAUAGCCUCACCUUAGUGGCCUCAGGAAAAGUCAUGUAUCACGGCCCUGCACAAGAGGCACUGAAGUACUUCACAUCCAAAGGUUAUGAAUAUGAUUCCCAUAACAACCCUGCAGACUUCUUCCUGGACAUCAUUAAUGGAGGUUUCUCUGCUAUAUUAGACACAGAGGAAGAAGGCCAUGAUGCUGACAAGUAUAAAGAGCUUUCUCAGAGAUGGCGCCAAGUCCCUAAAAAAUUAGCCAACAUGUAUGCCAAGUCCUCCUUAUACAGAGAAAAGAGAACUGAACUGGAUUCACUCAUUGAGGAACAGAGGGCAGGGAGGUGCUCAGCCUUGGAGGAGAUCACGUGUGUCACCCCUUUCUGGCAUCAGCUUGGGUGGAUUAUCCAUCGUUCAUUCAGAAAUAUAAAGAAUUUUCGACAGGUCACUAUGAUUCAGGAAAUUUUUGCAGUCCUACCAUCUGUGAUUAUCGGCACUGUUUUCCGUUUCCUACAAAAUGAUUGUGUUGCAGUCCAGAUAAGAGCCAUCUUGCUCCUCAUACUCAUAGGCUUUGGAUGUAUGACAGGCUUGUCUUCCUUUGAGCAUGUUAUGAACAAAAGGGAUCGCUUUCUACAUGAGCAUACCAGUGGAUACUACAGAGUGUCACCAUAUUUCCUUGGGGAAUUGCUGUUUGAGCUGGUAUCCAGGAGGGUAUUACCAAGUAUUGUAUUUACUGUUAUAGUAUUCAGCAUAGCAGGAGUAAACACAGAUGUGAAUGGUUUCUUCGCUAUGAUACUUACUGUCAUGAUGUUAGCUUGUUCUGCCAGCUCCCUGUCGCUGUGUUUAGGAGCAGUGAUGAAUGCAGCAUCUGUACUAACAGAACUCAUCUACUUGCUGUUUUUCUCAGGUCUGUCACUAUAUUCAGGAACCUUAGUACCUGGGCUCUCAUGGAUUCAGUACUUCAACAUUCCUCAUUAUGGAUUUACAGCUUUGCUGCACAAUGAAUUCCUGGGACAAAACUUCUGUCCAGAACAUAACGCAGAAGAAAUCAGUAGAUGUCAGAACUAUGUGAUAUGUACUGGUGAAGAGUACUUGACGAUCCAGGGCAUUGAUCUCUCAUCAUGGGGCUUCUGGAAGAAUCACGUGGCCUUAGCUUGUAUAAUGAUUAUCUUCUUAUCAAUUACCUAUGUGCAAUUAUUAGUUAUUAAGAAAAAGAGACAUUUUUAAAAUCA